CUAGUAAUGGGAUAUAUAGUAUGCGUACACAUGGCAGAUAUAUUGCAGGCGCCACACUGGCCCAAGUCGCUCGAGAUCUGUAUAGGGUCUCUCGUCGAAGGAUUCGACCUUUCUCACAUUCGUUUGAGCACCUUCACCUUACCUAAUAAAAUACAUCGCUCAGAUUUCUCAAUUAUGCCUCUCGUUUCUCGUCCGCGUCUGGCUGACAUAUAUACAUAUCCAUCCUAGAGUUAUUGAUCCAGACCCGCUUGCUAUGGAUCUCCACCAAAGGGGUAACCUCGAUAGGAACUUGGUUAAUAGGAGGAGGGUGGAUUCUUACCACGAACUGCGUAGAGACAACGGCCCAAGUCCCGCAGAUAUUGGUCUGCAGGAUGCAGAAGCAUGCGUGCGGGCCUGUUACAACCAGUUUGUCAAUGAGUGGUACGAGAAGGUCAAAGGAGGAUUCGACGAUGUUUGCACCCAACUUUCACAUACCCAAUCUCAUACAGACCUCUGGACUUUAUACUGCUGCGAUUCGACCUUCUGUGGUGUUAGGAUUGAUAGGGAGGGACUGAGUCCGAGCGUUGAUUUAAUCAUUAAUACAUGCCAAAAUGUGGGUAACUACCUGAUUUACGAUCCUGGCCCUCCGCCUGACGGCUUUAGUUGUAAUUCGGCUCUAAAGGAACAAGAAAAUCCAUCUAGCAGCGGCUCAUCAACCAUCCCAUCGAGUUCAACCUCGCCGCCAACAGAGGCUACGGUAAGCUCAAAGCUCAACUCAACCGCAUCGGGUACGGGUGCCGUGCCAAGCACAUCAACUGGCCUCACCGAGGGGAGCAAGGCCGCAAUAGGCAUCUGCGCAAGCUUGGCGAUAAUCGCGUUCAUCUUCUUCGUCGGGUUCCUGCUAAACCGGCGACGCUCGCGCCCCAAGACAUCCUCCUACACCGACGGCGCCCCGGGCAGUGCUGCUGCGCCCCGUCAUCGGCGCUCGUCCUCUGAGCUACCGAGUGGGUCGCGCACGCCUCUGAUCCUGCCCUCUCCCUCGUCGACGAAGGGUCCGCCCCUGACGCCCCCUGCGCGGCUGAGCGAUCGCAGGUUCCUGUCGGGCUUGCUGCGGCAGGGCCAGGGUGGCACGCCGAACUCUUCCGUAGCGUCGGGUAUGGACGAGCGAGCAGCAGCAGCAGCAGCUUUCGCGCCAACGAAUCCCCUCGGCCCACUAUCCGAUAAGAAACUGCUGGGGCCACGGCAUGAGCGCCGUGCAACCACAACCACCAGGAACAGCACGACCCAGACCUCUGCACCGCCUUCGCCUCCCGCAGCCGUGCACUUUGCUCCUUACUUUCUGCGCGACAGCGGCAGCUCGUAUAGCAGUGCCCCUGACGCGACGUCGACCAAAGCGAUCUGGUCGCCUAAAGAUAGAUCGGAGCCAGCGCACUCGGCGACACUGCCAUCGCUCCCACUAUCGCCCUCCCGACCCGCACGACCGCCCGACGCGUCUCUAGAGAUACCCCAUCCCGUCACCCCCGCCGGGCCACCACCGAAUCGCGCCCUACCCGCACCACCCCCUUACCUCCCCACCUCGCCGACAUUUCCCGUCUCGCCCGUCUCGCCAUCAAGCUCUCCUAUACUGAGCCCCGCGCGACAGCUAGCCCUAGAAAACGAUAACAACCCCUACGCUCACAACAACGCGCAACAAGACAUCGUCGAUGACAAAAAGCAUACAGGGUCAGCGACCGCCAUGUCCGCCGACGCAAAGGACCUCUGCGAGCUAACUGAGUCGUAUGCGCGCGAGGCCGCGUCCGAGAGCUGGGGCAGCUGGGCUGGAGCGGGGGGUGGUGGGCCGGGGGUUAGCAUUACGGGGGUGAAGAAAAGGGGGCAUGGGGGCAGUAAUGGGCGGUCGCGGGAUAACGGGGGUGGCGAUGGCAAGAAAGGGGGGAGUGGGUCGACGGUUUCGCUGCAGGAAUUGGAUCUGGAGAAGCUGGGGGGGAAGUAUUAGUCGCAUGGACUAGUAGAUGGGUACUGAAUUGGUGAUGCCUUGCUUCUCAAAGAAGAGGGAGAAAGAGAGGAGAAAGAUAGCGUCACAGCUAGUUGGGAUGGAAGAGAUGUAAGAAAGGUACGGAGGCAGACUAAGGGGGAGAAAGAAGUGCGUCCUCGUAAUGAUGUAUGUCGUCUCCGUUGUUACUAGAUGGCGGCUCCAGUGUACGGGAUAGCUGGGCUAUCGCAUAAUAGCUAUUAUUAUUAAACUAACCUACUAUAAUAUGAGAAAUGGAGGGAG